CACACACACACACACACACACACACACACACACACACUCCUUCUCUCUCAUGCAGCUUUGUAACGAAAGCAGUGCAUGAGGGUUAGAUUGAUUCUUGAAUAAAAAACCCAAUUGAAGUUUCAUGUCAAAGUUUCCACCUUUGGCUUUGGGUUCAUCAAGAUCUGUUUUUUAUGCCUUAACCCACCAGCUCUAAGCCUCUAACUGCAUGAAUAGGGGUACAGUUUGAUUCAAAGGUGAUAUGGACACAUCAUCUAUGAAAUGUCUGAUAAACAGUAUAUCUCGAUUCGUUCAUCUAGUUUCAAGCCAAACAUUGAAACAUAUUCCUAUUCAGAAGGAUUACAGAACCAUAGUUGAUGUACUGAAGCUUUUGAAGCCAUUGAUUGAUGAAGUAGUCGACUUUAAAGUACCGUCAGAUGACAUUCUAUAUAAAGAGUGUGAAGAAUUAGAUAUGGCUGUCAAUGGAGCUAGGGAAUUCAUCGAAAACUGGUCUCCAAAGUCGAGCAAAAUUUCAAGUGCUUGGCGGUGUGAGCCGCUGUUGAUAACUAUCCAAAACUCUUCACUCAAGAUUUGCAGCAUAUUACGUAGACUGUCACAGUCAUCUUCAUCAGGGUCAAGUUUAACGGGUCUUCAGCACUGUACACAGGAAAUUCAAUCUUUGAAGCUGGAAAGAGUAACAGAAUACUUAGAAGAGGCUGUGAGAAGUCAAAGUAAAGAUGUCAUGCCUUCCACCAAACUUCUUAUGAAAAUUAUCGAAUUGCUUAAUCUGACUUCAAACCAAGAACUGCUGAAAGAAAGCAUUGCUGUAGAAAAGGAAAGAAUGAAUGUUGAAGUCGGUGAUGUUAGAGGGAAAUUAGAUCAAAUUAACCAAAUUGUGGUUCUUGUCUCCCAUAUUCGUGAAUUCAUGGUCAAAAUUGAGCACCUUGAAACCGUAUCUGGCGUCUUGAUCCCUUCAUACUUCCGCUGCCCUCUGUCUUCAGAACUCAUGCUGGACCCUGUGAUUGUAGCUUCAGGUCAAACCUAUGAGAGAGAUUCCAUCCAAAAAUGGAUUGAUCAUGGGCUAACUAUUUGCCCAAAGACCCGACAGAGGCUGUACCAUACUAAUCUCAUUCCCAAUUAUACUGUCAAAGCUAUGAUAGAAAGCUGGUGUCAGGAAAAUGAUAUAAAAUUUACGGUGAACUCUGACGGCUCUAAUGCUAUCUCGGUCCCAUCUCCAUCAGAUCAAGUAUCUCCUGCAGAUUCAACUCACACAGGUGGUUUGCAUUGCACUACACACAGUAGCAAUUCGACAUCGAGGUCAUCUCUUGAAGUUGGAAACAUCUUUGAGAAGCAAAAGACAGAUGUCUCUCCUAGAUUAGGUGGAGAAAUGUCCAAUGGAUGCGAUAGUAACAAGAAAGGCAACUCAUCACCAAAACAGUCAUAUAGUCAUAGCAGGGGUGAAUCAGCCACUAGUGCUGUUUCCAGUAUUGAUUAUGCACCUCCAGCAUCGAUUAAGGUGUCAGGGAUAUCUAAUAAGCAUGAAAAUGUUCGUAGGUUGUCUGGAGAAAUCACAUCUGAGCAUCCGGUUGCUUCUACUCCAAAGAAACAAUCAGCAAUUCCCCCCGGGUUAUCAGGAAAAUUAUCUCACAUUUCCAAGACAAAAGCAGAAGGGGCAUGGACUGAUAGCCCCAGUUAUCCUGAUAGACAGCUGCUUCCAUUUUAUAGUUCAGGAUCUGAUGAGUUGACAACAGCAUCCCAUGUCAGGAAUUUAAUUGAAGACCUCAAGAGCCAGUCAAAUGAAGUGCAAACUAUGGCAGCAGAAGAGUUGCGGCUUCUUGGAAAGCACAAUAUGGAGAAUCGAACUAUUAUAGGCCAGUGUGGUGCUAUCACACCAUUAGUUUCACUUCUAUAUUCAGGAGAGUUGACAACACAAGAGCAUGCUGUGACAGCUCUUUUGAAUUUAUCAAUUAAUGAAGACAACAAAGCGAUGAUUGCAGAAGCAGGGGCAAUUGAUCCCCUAAUCCAUGUUCUAAAAACAGGAAGUGACAGAGCGAAAGAAAAUUCUGCUGCAACUUUGUUCAGCCUCUCUGUAUUGGACGAAUACAAGGCAAAAAUUGGUCGGUCUGGUGCAGUUAAGGCCUUGGUUGAUCUUCUAGCCUCAGGGACUCUUCGGGGGAAGAAAGAUGCUAGUACUGCAUUGUUUAAUCUGUCAAUUUUUCAUGAAAAUAAAGCUCGCCUAGUUCAAGCUGGGGCUGUGAAGCAUCUUAUUGAUUUGAUGGACCCUGAUUCUGGGAUGGUUGACAAGGCCGUUGCUCUCCUGGCAAAUUUGUCCACCAUUGCAGAGGGCCGCAUAGCAAUUACACGGGAAGGGGGCAUUCCGUUACUAGUUGAGAUUGUUGAAUCAGGUUCCCAUAGAGGAAAGGAGAAUGCUGCCUCCAUAUUGUUGCAGUUGUGCCUUCAUAGUCCAAAGUUUUGCACCCUUGUUCUUCAGGAAGGAGCUGUUCCUCCCCUGGUUGCCUUAUCUCAGUCUGGCACACCAAGAGCAAAGGAAAAGGAACACAACAACAGCGUGGAAUGUCUAAAUUUUUCUCCUCCUUCCGGUAGAGCUUGGGAAGGCGGAAUUUAUGCGCUAGCUAGAAAUUCACAACUCCAUUUUGAGGUGUUUACGAUUUCGAAAAAGUUAUUGCAUGAUACUGGAGUACGGUCACGUGAUAAAAUCUUGACAUGCGAUUAUAAUAUUUUCAAGAUGGGCUAAUGGAUAAUGGGCUUUUCUCAAAACUAGCCAGUUUACAGCCGAAUGGCUGAUGUGCGAGGACGUAGAUAGUUGUGUUCGAAGAUUGAGGAACACUGCGUGUGGGUUGGCUUCUCUCCCAUUGCGGAUGGAUUCGGGAUGGAACUUGAACGUCCUUCGUAGUAUCAAAAGGCUGGUUUGUCGUUGCAUGAAUUUCAGUAAGUUGGUGAAUCAGAUGAAAAAUUUUGGUGAGAAAUUACCCAGAGAGCGAUUGGUUUAGAAAUUGGUCAUAGGUCUAACAAAAGCCCAUGAUCUUGUUUAUUAUGUAAUUGAACAAACUAAGGAUAUUGAAAUCAUUGAAGUGCAAGAAGUUGUUGCUGCUUUGA